AUGGCUUCCUCAAUGAUGGUGUCCACCGCCGCAGUGGCCCGCGCCAGCCCGGCCCAGACCAACAUGGUGGCGCCCUUCAACGGGCUCCGGUCCUCCGCCGCCUUCCCGGUCACCCGCAAGGCCAACGCCGAUUUGUCGACUCUCCCCAGCAACGGCGGCAGGGUCCGCUGCAUGCAGGUGUGGCCCCCGGAGGGCUUGAAGAAGUUCGAGACCCUCUCUUACCUCCCAGAUCUCAGCGUUGAGGCCCUCGCCAAGGAGGUCGAGUACCUCAUCCGCAACGGCUGGAUUCCCUGCAUUGAAAUCUCGAAAGCAAGUCACUCGCCCUCCCUCCCUUCCUCUCUCUCUGUGUCUCUGUCUCUGUCUCUGUCUCUCUCUCUAACUCUUUCCUCUACAAAAUAAUGGCUCUUAUUCUGAUCUCACUCUCUCUCUCUCUCUCUCCCCGUCGGGGGGCAACCACAGGAAGGAUUCAUCUACCGUGAGAACCACAGCUCGCCAGGGUACUAUGACGGGCGCUACUGGACCAUGUGGAAGCUGCCCAUGUUCGGUUGCACCGACGCCUCCCAGGUCAUCGCGGAGGUGGAGGAGGCCAAGAAGGCCUACCCCAACUACUUCAGCAGGAUCAUCGGCUUCGACAACAAGCGCCAAGUGCAGUGCAUCAGCUUCAUCGCCUACAAGCCCCCGGGCAACUAA